ACACAGAAAUGCACGCUGCAGCCUUGAAAUCCAGACUCGGAGAUUCUAAAUCUCCCCGCGCUUCACGGCCACAGCACCUCAGACAGAGCCCGGAACCUGCGGGCCUGGAUUCCCGGGACGACGCUCAUGCAAUGCGCUGCGCAAAUGGGCACUGGGGUGAGAGGACCGGAUCGCACCCCUCCGCCCGGGAGGAGGAGCCCUGGCAGCCCCUGUGGAAACCCCGGGCGUCCCCGUGGGUCUCUGCAGCUGGAGCAGGUCGCCUUCCUCCCUUGCACGUCUGUUUUCUGUGGUGUCACGCUGCCGUUUUACAGUCCACUGGUGGCUCCGUGGGGCGCCGAGACGGUGACUCCGGGUGUCGCUGUGACGGCCAGCGACACCACCAGCGGCGUGCAGCGGGCACUGGCGUUGCUCCCGAAGGCUGCCGAGCUCUCCGGCUUGGCAAGGCUGGGAGAAGGAGGAGCCCUUGCCUCUCCCGCUGCGGACUGCGGCGGGCUGGGCCGGGUGCACAGCCGCUGAGGACGAGGACCCAGCUGCGCAGCUGCAGCGGGGCGGCCGGGAAGGACAGGAAAGGAAAGCACCGCAAAGGAAAGCACCACGGGCCUCUUCCUGUGCCCUCCGGCUUUUCAACGCCUGCAGCGGCUGCCGGGGCCCUGUCUCCUCGGGGCCAGGGCUCCAGGCUCCGGCGGGGCAGCGGGUCGGCCCUCUGCUCUGCUUGCUUUCCAGGCUUUUGGACCGAGGGCAGUGGGUCCGGUCGUGGGCGCUCAGCCCGCCCCCGGGCAACCUGAGCGGGGGGAGCGGA